GCGUGUGUGACGGGAUUUUCUCACUUGUCCGCCUGUGUUUCCAGCCCACGAACGGUGACAGGGGAACAGACAAACAGAGAAACAGACAAACAGACAAACAGACAAACAGACAGGCCCAACGCUCUCCCGUCCAUCCAUCUAUUAUGAAUGCCACACAACUACACUACCGCCAACGGACCGGAUGUGUCAGGAACAACAAAUACAGAGCAUUCAGCUCACACAUGACACGCUCAACCCACGCGCCACAGAGCCAGCUUCCUAUCAUAGAAGCUGCACGACGCAUAAUAGUGGGCGCCUGGGGCAGCCGACGGCACGCUGGCAAUCCCGUAGGCCAUCGACCCGUGGCCAGUGUACUCGUGCAGCAGCUCAUACUCACCUGCACACACACAACGACGGCCGCAUGUGACUUGUCGCCAUUUUCUCUCGGCCUACCGGUGGCGGUGGGUUGUGUUUGCCAUAUCUGGCAUCCUCCGUGGCAGGCGGCCACCAUCAACCGGUCGACGGAGGGCCCCUGGCCUGGAGAGCUCCUGCACAGCACACACAACGAUGGAUGGAUGGACAGCGCUGAGCCAUUGGUUUUGCCUGCCACCGGUCACCUCGCUCACCGUCUUAGUGUGCUGUCCCAUUUGAUGCGCCACACUCCGCCACUCGACUGCAGAACAGACGGAUGAACCGACACGUGGGCUCGCCAAUCUGUCCUGGUCUCUCUUGUCUCACCUUGAAGGAGCUGGUAGGGCUUCCAAUGCUCCGAAGAUCCCACACACGAACAUGCUCGUCGUAACUGAACACACACACACACACACAGAUGGUUAUGUUGGUCCAGGUGGGUAUCAAGCUGACCAUCCAGAGAGCAGCGUGUGCUCAUCGGUGUCGUGGAAUGCGAUUGCCGUGACGCCCAUCGGAUGCUCCCGCCUGUUGUGCGCCACGGGGGCGUCGAAGCCGACACGAGCGUCCCAUAUCUUCAUAACACAGUCGUCUGCCCCAGUGGCGAUGAGGCGGCACGCGCCAUGCAGCUGGUCCGGUGCUGCAGGUGUGGGCUGCAGUGCGAUGGUCCAUGUUUCCAGGUCAUGGGCGCACCUGCCCUGACGUUAACAACACCCACAAUGACAGACACGCAGAUGGGACAGACGGGAUGAUGGUUGGAGUGGGGAUGUGUACCAUGUGGCGACCCUCCUCGGCUGCGUGAGGUCCUCCGACUGCACCAGACACGCCGUCCCAUCAGACACACAAUACCCAAACACACUGCAGCCAUCCACACACACACAGCAACGUGCAGCCAGGCCCUCAUCUGCCGUGCCUCUCUCGCUGACCAACCAAGGCGAGUCGUCCAGCAGCGCCACGGAGGUGCAUAUGGGCCCAUCGCCACCGGGCGCACCACAUGUGCUCUCGGCCGUCAGCUCGGGGCGUGCUGUGGGUGAGGCUAAGGUGAAGGGGCGGGGCGGUGGGAGAGGGCCGCCGGGAGGGAUGGACGACAGGGUGACCGCAGAGCUGACACUCAGACCUUCCUCAUCGCCCCAUUCCUGUCAACCGAGGGAUCAUCGAUGAGCAAUGUGUUGGCUGUCUUGGUUUUCUGCUUCUCCCUCUCUGCCUCUCUGUCUGUCUGUCUGUGGCUACCAGUGUGGCUCGAAUGAUGUGGACUGCGGCAUCGGCUCCUGCGGCGACGAGCGUGACUGAGCCCUCAGAGGAUAACACACAGAGGACAUCCAGCACACCACAGGACAGGUCGACGAACGGCAGCGCACACAGACGACAUCCAUCCGACCUGCACACACAGACACAAGUCAGCAGCCAGUAGUGACUCAACUGUGGCUGUUCGUCCACCUGUGGUGGGCAUUGACAUACAGCAGGUGGAUGCCGCCCAUCCGGCGGCCGGGCGAUGAGUCCUCAGGCUGCUUGACCAGCUCAUAGCCGCCGCACGCCAGCAGCGUCAGAUCUCCGUGGUGGUCUCGGCGGCCACGAUGGACACUGCAGCUGUCCAGACAGUCAGCGUUGAAGAGCGUCUGAAACUCCAUCUUUC